AUGGCAGUCGUCGCUUCGCCACAUUCCCACAAACAAUUGGAUCUCAGGGGGUCAGGCCACAACACCCGUCACACGCCACACUCGCCAGGACUGAUGACAGAGAUAAUGUCUUACCAAUAUCCACCGCCGCCUCCCAACGGCACUGAAAUGGGGCUACCGCCCUCCGGUUAUAUCCCUACAUAUGAGGGCCUUCCACAUCCCGAAAUGGGCCUGAAGCCCGAGUACGACCAUAACUACUCACCACGAGAUCGCCAUGACACCCUGGCCAGAGCAUUGAAGUUGAAGAGGGUCAUGUCCACUCCAAAUGUCAGGCAGGAAAUGCCACCGCCAAUGCAAGCCCCGCCAGCAUUUGGUCAACAAAGGCUGGACGAGCACUCCAGUAUGCUCCAGGAUGGAAAGAAGAGAAACAAGCUAGGAUACCAUCGCAUCUCUGUUGCCUGCAACCACUGCAGACGCCGAAAAAUCAGGUGCAUCAUCUCCUCCGAUGACCCUGAAGGCCGUUGUAUCAACUGUAUACGGCUCAAAAAGGUAUGCACCUUUAGCGCUGUAGACACACAACCUGCACCCGAACCUAGGGGGAAGUCGGGGACUCGAUCGGUGUCGGUGGCUGGAAAGGUCAGCUGCGCAGCUGUUUCCCCAGCGAUACCCCACACAGGGGGACACCAAGGAGAGAUGUAUCCCGCGCAUAUUGGUAUGCCGCCGAUGCCGCAGAUGGCACCAUCGCGAGCCUUGAAAACGGCCGGCGAUGCCUUCUCCCCUGAUAACAAACUGCCAGCAGCUUUACCUACAACACGAAGCUUCGAGUACGGACACGGCGGAAUGACGAAUUGGAUGGGGCCAGACGGAAGCCCCAACACAACUAAGCCGGGUGAGAUGGGCUCCAACUGGAGGCCUUAUGCGCAGGAAUCACCCGUCACGCCUGUGACGUUUUCACCCUAUAGCGCCCACGCUCCCACCCCGUCCACGACGUGGGCAUCGCCGACAGCCACGGAUCCUGCGUCACGCGACGACAUGGCUUGGUCAUCGUACCCGCCCCCGCAACCGCGCUCAAUGUCCUUUGGCUCCGAGAGCAUGAGCAGCCCGCAGAACCAUCACUCUCAACAGCAAUACCCAUCCAUCUCCCAGAUGGCCGGAUCGGGCUCGCGUCAGUACGAGCGCAAGGCAUCAGCACCAAUGCCUACCGACAUGUAUCCCCCACCGAUCGCUACCGGCGUCGAAGUCAUACCGGGAACGACGACGCUCGAUCAUGGCGUCUCGCUGUCGGCCGGCGCAGUGCCGCCGGCGAACUACGGCACAUGGCAGCACCCCUCAUAUACGUACGCCGCCAAGCCCGACGGCACCUACCAGAGCUGGUACGGCGAGAACGGCACCUCCCAACCCCUGGGUUCCGAUGGGCAAGUGGUGCACCCGGCGCCCGGCGAGAACCAUCAGCAUGCAGGAGCCUUGUAUUAUCCCUCUCGAUAA